AUGGCUGAACCUUACUAUGUCGACGAGGUGGCUGGCAGGGACGAUGAUAGUGCUGUCGGUACACCAACUGCACCCUAUCAGACCUUGCUCUUCGCAAUGAAGAUGCACCCACCCGAGUCUUCUUCCUACCUGGUAAAGAAAGCUUCUGCUGCCGAUGAGGCUGCCGAGUACAAGAACGCAAGCGACACAGCAUUGAAGAAGGCCAAGAAGAUAUAUGAGGGCUGGAAGCGCAAGCAGGACAAGAGCUCUGAUCUCGAAAUCAAGGCAAGAGAGGAGGAGAUGAGAAGACUGGCCAUCCUCGAGGAAGCCAAGAAGGUCGUCCUCGACGAAGACUCGUCACUUCCAGCAGCCAAGAGAAUACGUCUCGACGAGACUGAAGGUGUUACACUAGGUACUGCUGAUAAGCCUGGAACAAGAGUGAAGGUCUUGGGUCGCGUCCAUCGCUCGCGCACGCAGAAGGAGGUCAUGUUUAUCACACUCAAAGAUGGCUAUGGACAAAUGCAGGUCGUCUUUGGGGGUCAACUGAUCAAGACCUACGCUGCAAUGACCCUCACGCUGGAAACUUCAAUCGAGAUUAAGGGCCAGCUACGUGAGCUCCCACCAAAGGCCAGUGCUCCCCUCAAUCGCGAACUGCACGCAGACUACUUCCGUAUUAUUGGCGCUGCAGCUGGAGACAAGGAAGCCAUAACCAACAAAGUCCAGGCUGAUGGUGACAACCAGACCCUCCUCGACCAGCGCCAUCUUGUGCUUCGUGGUGACAACGCCUCCAAUGUCAUGAAAGUUCGAGCAGCCGUCCUUCGUGCCUUCCGCCAAGCGUACCUGGAAACACGCUGCCUCGAAGUCGCACCACCGUCGAUGGUGCAGACUCAGGUCGAGGGUGGUGCUACCUUGUUCGGUUUCAAAUACUACGACCAAGAAGCAUACCUGACACAAUCGUCACAACUCUACCUUGAGACUUGUCUACCUAGCAUGGGAGAUGUCUUCUGCAUCUGCCCUUCCUUUCGAGCUGAGCGUUCCCUUACCCGCCGCCAUCUAGCUGAGUACAUGCACAUAGAGGCAGAGCUCGAUUUCAUCACUUUCGACGAUCUACUCUCACACCUAGAACACGUCAUAUGCAGAGUCGUCGAUCUAAUCCUUGCCGAUCCAGUAACAGCAGCCUACGUCAAAGAUCUCAACUCCAAAUUCCAGCCUCCCUCCCGACCUUUCAAGCGUAUGAAGUACGCGGACGCAAUCGAAUGGCUCAACGAGCAUAAAAUAGACUUUGACGACGACGAACUCCCCGAAGACGAUCCGCAGCGCAAACGACCCCACAGAUUCGGCGACGAUAUAGCUGAGGCUGCCGAGCGCAAAAUGACGGAUAUCCUCAAUGUACCGAUCUUUCUCACCCAUUUCCCGGCUGAAAUUAAGGCAUUCUACAUGAGUCGGGAUCCUGCAGACCGACGUGUGACAGAGUCGGUAGAUGUCCUCAUGCCCAACGUUGGAGAAAUAGUAGGCGGAAGCAUGAGAAUAUCAGACUACGACGAGCUGAUGGCCGCUUAUAAACGCGUUGAGAUUGAUGCUACACCGUAUUACUGGUACACGGAUCAGAGAAAAUACGGCACUUCGCCUCAUGGUGGAUAUGGUCUCGGCCUUGAACGAUUCCUGGCCUGGCUCUGUGACAGACAUACUGUCCGAGACUGUGUCCUGUACCCGAGAUUCGUUAACCGUUGCACGCCUUGA